AUGACUUGGAUACAGGACCAACUCGAUGAUGAGAACGUUUUCCCAUCCCAAGCCGCUCGUUUCCUCGCAAUUAUAUUGGAAGUAUGUGAAGGAAUAAUGCGACGUCUAUUUCGCAUAUACGCUCACGUCUAUGCAGCACAUUCUGCACGUUUUGCCGAAUUGAACGCAACCCCUCACUUGAACACUUCAUUCAAACAGUUCAUACUUUUUGCUCGACAGUUCCAGCUUAUCCCAACUCGGGAACUAGAACCUUUGCGCACGAAGAUUGAUGAGUUGAUUGGAACGUUCUGA